GUUUCUUUAACUGUCUAUGGAUUGCCCGACUGACUUGACAGCGGAUUUUUGUCACCGCCCCAGGCUGCUGCCGCCUGCUCUCGUCCACUUUUUAGGCGAGGCGCAGUUCACCUCGAACCAGCCUGUUGUUGUUUUUUAAUAUAAAUUCAUCCCAGCAGCGGUCAAACUAAACAUUUGAUUUGUUAAGAACGCGUCUUUGAUUAUAGAGGACUUGUGACAGUCAACGCAAAGACACAACAUGGCAACCACGAUUAGCACACAGCGGGGACAGGUGUAUAUUGGGGAGCUUCCCCAGGACUUCCUCAGGAUCACUCCCACCCAGCAGCAGCAGCAGGUCCAGCUGGAUGCCCAGGCAGCCAGGCAGCUGCAGUUUGGAGGCUCAAUAGGCACUGUAGGGCGACUCAGCAUUACUGUUGUUCAGGCCAAGCUUGCUAAAAACUAUGGUAUGACUCGGAUGGAUCCGUACUGUAGGGUCCGACUGGGCUAUGCAGUUUACGAAACACCAACUGCUCAUAAUGGAGCCAAGAACCCGCGCUGGAACAAGGUGAUCCAGUGCACAGUGCCUCCUGGGGUGGACUCCUUCUACCUGGAGAUCUUUGAUGAGAGAGCGUUCUCCAUGGACGACAGGAUAGCAUGGACUCAUGUCACCAUCCCUGAAGGCCUGAGGGAGGGCAGUGUGGUGGAUGAGUGGUUCAGCCUCAGUGGCAGGCAGGGCGACGACAAGGAGGGCAUGAUCAACCUGGUGAUGUCUUUUGCUUCCUUACCAGCAGGGAUGAUGACUCAGCCGGUGGUCCUAAUGCCCUCUGUGUAUCAGCAAGGAGUAGGAUAUGUGCCCAUUGCAGGAGUGCCUGCAGUCUAUAACCAGGGCAUGGUGCCAAUGGCAAUGCCAGCAUCUCUGCCGGCUGUUGGGGGUCAGGGGCCAGUGUGCAGUGAGGAGGACCUGAAGGCUUUGCAGGACAUGUUCCCCAACCUGGAUAAGGAGGUGGUUCGCACUGUGCUGGAUGCACAGCAAGGCAACAAAGACGCUGCUAUCAACUCCCUGCUGCAGAUGGCUGAGGAGCUCUAACUGCAGAACACAGGCUUACAGCGGACACACACACACACACACACACAGCAGCCAUACAUGACCUCCUAGGCAUCCUGGUAGCCACAUUUAUUUUUUCUCUCCCUUUAUUAACUCCUGGUUGGCAGAUGUAUUUGGAAAAAUAAUGUCAGACUGAUUUAGGUCUGUAAAACAGUCUGUAUCCCCAGGGUUUGAUUUGCACUGUUAGAGUUAUAGCGAGUCAAGUUCAGAGUCCAGUUCUGUUUUAUGUUAAUACUGUUGUUACUAGUAUGUGUAGAACAUUUCUGCAGUAAACCUGCAGUGCACUUCUACUGUUUCAUAUGUAGUAAAAAGGUAAAUGCAUUCAGAAUCUGAUAAGUUAUUAUGGGUGUAUUAAAUAAUAUAGAAUUCUAUGUGGUGAUGGGAGAAUUGUGAAUAAACAAAUGACCUGGGGGAUUGAGGUGAGAACUGCCAUGUCACACCACACUGAGUGAACUGAUUAAUGAAACACAUUUUGAAGUAAGGAUGUCAAUGCGGUUUUAAAUUAAUAUCCUGUGGAGAAUUGUUUUUUAAAUAACUAUAGUCUGCAGAGAGAUGCUUGAGAAUGAAGAGGUCCCUGUUCUGAUAAAAUCAGGAUAUUUUGAAGUUCGACAGGAUGUUGUAUGUAGAGCUUUUGAGACCAAAACACUUUUAUCCAAGUUGUCCGCACAGUGACUUAGGUAAAGUGAAAAUCUAAACAGAGGAAUUCAGUCCACUUUUAAUGUGUUUAAUAUCCACAUAUUUCGCAAUAAUUUUGCCACCUGAGCAUGGAGGCCUAAGACGGUGACCUGACUUCCAUAAAAUGUGUUUUGGAUGUUCAUGGUCCCCAGAAGCUGACUCCUAAUGUUUUUGUUUCCUUACCUUUACUAUAGUCACCUUGAGUUAAAAACUUGUGCAUGAGGAAAAUAAACUGAUUUGGGGAGCUCUU